AUGCGUCACAGAGAGCCUGAUGUUUGGGCAGAUUUCCUGCCCUCUUUGGUUGGGGUCGCAAAAUUUAGGCAUCAGGUGCUGGUCAUAGGGCGCAGGGUUCUUUUUGCAACAAGGUUCCAGCGGGCACGCAGUGUAUUGCUGGGCCAGAGUCUACUUUGCCCACCCGGAACGCCUCCCUUCUCCGAGUGCUUGGGGCUGUUGGCCUUGAACCCGGACCGCAGCAUCAAGCGCAAGUUUGAGAGGAGAUCUGAAUCCGAAAAUCCCAUCCGCUGGUUCGACCGCGCCCACCUGAUCCGCUUGGCGACAGCCGAGGUCCCUUGGCUCGUCUUGAACAACCUCGAGGCAAAAGAGGCCGUGCAAGAGCUCGAGGAGGACACUCGCUGGCAGCACUUGAAGUUCGUCCACUUUCACCUCAACGGGGCAGACGACGUCGCCAGGUGGGAGAAGUGGAAACAUGCGUCUCAUGGCUGCUGCAUUCAUUGUCUGCUUCCCAGCGCUACAUCACCAUUGGGCGGCCG